AUGUUCGUUACUGCCACUCAGGCUUCUUCCAUCCUUGGUGUUUCCUCGUGUACACUUCGUCGCUGGCACCGCAAUAGUAAAAUAACAGCAUUUGGUUCACCAGGUGUUAUGAUGUCUCCAAUAUUUGCAAAACAGAAGGAAGGUCUUAAGUGGCAACAACAAUUCCUUCUCACCAAAUGUCCUCAAUAUGAACUAAUCUCAGACAUUGGAAGUGGCAUUAACUUCAAGAGACGCGGCUUGCAAACCAUACAGGAACAAGCAAGUCGCGGAAUGGUUGCAGAAGUUGUGGAUAAUCAGUAA